AUUAGAAGUGAUACAUCAGAGAUCCUGGACGAGACCAUUCCGCUGAUUAAAGACAAGGUGAUGGAAAUGAACCACAUCUAUGCCAAAGUUGAUAAAUUAGAGGCGUUUGUUAAAAUGGUUGCACACCAUGUUUCCUUCCUGGAAGAGCAAGUGCUUGAAGCAGAGAAGAGCCAUGGCACCCUUCUUAAUACUGUUUGCAAAUUAUUUCAGUGUGCAACUAUCUCAUUUAAAAACGUGAGUAUUUGUAAAGUUGCUUCCAGCAGAUGGGAAAGUGAUGUUAAAUAA